GUUAGCUUUCACUGUCUUUGUCUCUUUUUUUGUUUUGUUGUUGUGUCAUUUGCCCCUCCCGCUUCUUUUAAGUAUAGACAGGUAGAGGGCGUUCAAAUAUUACCAUACAAUGCUCUGGUAUUUAAUGUUUUACGUAAUCUCUGUCACUGAAACCAGGUACUUAUAGCCAAGCCGGGUGGAGGAGAUGAAAGACCAGACGUACGUAGAGCUGGAUGCUCUGAAUUUCCUGCCUCCGUCUCCACUCAAGCUUUCUGUGGGUUUUCUGUGACUUGUGGAAUUAAGCUGCCUGCUAUUAAAGCUCUGAGGACAUUUUUUAGAACUGUUUUUUGGGGAAAGGAAACAAUCUUACACAUUUUUUUUUUUUUUUACUCCGACAGAAGAUAAACAGUCUCACAUCAGGCGGAUGGUCAGCCAGGCAGCUAUGCGAAACCAGCGUGUGGUGGAGAGCGAGUGCAGGUGCUGGAACCCGGCCGUCUGGCUCCUGGUACCUCUGCUGGGCUCCCUGAUCUUGGUGGCCGUCAGUGUGCUGCUGCGACUCGGUGGAGAUGUGAAAAUAAACAAGCGCGCUCUAUCCACCGAUGGCGUGCACGCCUCUGACAAGACAGAGUAUAAAGUACAACUGGUGAACGGACGGGACAGGUGCGAGGGCAGAGUGGAGGUGCGCCACACUGACGCGUGGGGCACAGUGUGUGACGACGAGUGGGACAUGGUGGACGCCAACGUGGUGUGCCGGCAGCUGAACUGCGGCGUGGCGGUGGCGGUGGGCAGCAGCUCUCAGUUUGGACAGGGCACGGGGCUCAUACUGCUGGACAAUGUGAACUGCAGAGGCAACGAAACAGAGCUCGGCCAGUGCCGAAAUCUGGGCUGGGGCGUCCACAACUGUUACCACUUCGAGGAUGUGGGCGUUACCUGCAGAGAACCAGCAUUGGUAGCGACAAAAGGCGUGGAGGGUCUUACUACGCCACCCUGGGAGAACUCUGGUUUACGAGAUGGCAGUGUCCGUCUGGCGAACGGACAGCACCCCUGCCAGGGCCGAGUGGAGGUCUUCUACCAGGGAAUGUGGGGGACAGUGUGUGAUGAUGAGUGGGUCCUCAGCAAUGCCUUGGUAGUGUGCUUACAGUUAGGCUGCGGCGAGGCAGUCUCCGCACACACCAACUCCUACUUCGGCUACGGAACCGGUCGGAUUCUCCUGGACAAUGUCAAAUGCCAGGGCUCCGAGACGGACCUGUCUGAGUGCAACAGCAUGGGCUGGGGCAAACACAACUGUGGCCAUCAUGAGGACGCUGGAGUCACCUGCGCUGGAAUCCCUUCUGAGGCUCCGGUGGCAACACAAAACUCAAGAAGGGCCUGGGAAACGUUCACCACUGAAGCAACACAAAAUAUCACAGUCACCGACUCGCCAAGUACGACAACUCUUACCACGACUGCCCAGACAAAAGGCAGACCAGCCAUUCGUGUGAUGAAUGGUAACAGCAGCUGCCAGGGCCGUGUCGAGGUCCUCUACAGAAAUGUCUGGGGGACCGUGUGUGAUGACGACUGGAGUUUAACCAAUGCCAACGUGGUGUGUCGGCAUUUGGGCUGCGGCCCUGCAGUCGAAGCCAAGACCCAGGCCUACUUUGGCUACGGCUUAGGUCCGAUCCUGCUGGACAAUGUGGAGUGUAGUGGCAUGGAAGAGGAGCUGUCCCAGUGCUUCCACCUGGGCUGGGGUCAACACAACUGUGGCCACCACGAGGAUGCUGGCGUCAUCUGUGCAUCCAUUGAAUACUACGGCCCGCACGGACGUGGCUUUGGAGCAACAGAACAGACACCCGCCACCGCCGCCACCACCACCACCACCACAACACAGCCCUCUGAAGGAAUGGUGAGACUGGUGGGUGGCCAGCACCAAUGUGAGGGUCGGGUGGAGACGUACUUGAACACUUCAUGGGGCACGGUGUGUGAUGAUGCCUGGGACCUUGCCGACGCUAUGGUCGUGUGUCGGCAGUUGGGCUGCGGAGAGGCGACAGCGGCCCGGGACGAGGCUUUCUUUGGGCCUGGGACAGGAACAAUCGUGAUGGACAAUCUGAAAUGCAGAGGUACAGAGGCCUCUCUGCAACAGUGCUCCCAUAUAUCCUGGAAUAUGCACAACUGUGACCACUCUGAAGAUGCUGGUGUCACAUGCUCGCGCUCGUGAUUUCAGCUGAAUCACACCGCGGGUAGGAGGUUGGCGCACCAAUCUAGGACUUGUACACAUAAUGUAAAUAACAGCUUUCACCUUGCUGAGGGAAUACUCCACCACCACCACCAACAUGAUUACAUAUAAUGACUAUCUAUGCAUAUUAAGCACUUUAUAAAUAAAUAUAAGAUAUAAAAUACCAUGUACACAGUUUUUUUAUUCGAUAAACAAAGAAAACCAAAGCUCUUUACUGUCUUGCUUUCUUUUGCCCCAAUAUGUUAAAAACAUUUACUGUGCAUUUACAGUAUAUACUUGUGCUUCAAAUCCACAAUUCACAAAAAAAAUAUGAACUGAGACAAGAAUUAAAUAGAAAUGUGAAAAUAUAAAUGGGUUAUAUCUUGUGAAUAUACAUAAAUGUUGUGUUAGUUGUGUCCUGUAAACAAUCAUAUAAAUAAAUGUAACUAAUAAUCAUUUACAUGUGACAAAAUAAAUGUUCUUAUUUUUCGGUACAUAAUAUAUUUUUGAUGCAUAAACAGGGAUGUUUAAAUCAGUGGCUGCAUUUGUCAUUGUCCUUAACAUGUGCGUCUCUAAUUCUUUCAUUCUUUUCCAACAGCACAGCAACGAAGAAGUACA